UGAAGGCAGGUUGUGACUGACCGAGCCUCACCAGAGCAGGGAGGCGGACACACGUUUCGCAUCGUUUAUAUUUCUGCGACGACGGAAUAGCAAGCCCCCUUUCCCCCCCCAAAGCUCCCAAGUGAUAAAACCUGAUUCUGAACGACAGAAACCUGAAUAUUGUGAGAAACAGCGCUGACUGCCUCUCUGCGUGACCGAGGAGAGGACACCCACCACCCAGGCCGUCGGCAGCAGCAGCAGCAGCAGCAGCUGGCUCCGUUAGCGGCUAACCGGCUCAUGUAAGCAGGCUUGACUCUAUUUCAUUCAACCUUCAAGAUGAUCUUCAAGGAGCUGUGUUGCAACUUUACAACUGAAUUGUACAACUUGUGAUGGCAAGACACCACUGACCCAAGAGGGAACAUAAAUCCUGGAUGCCGUGACGUGGUAAAUCCAAGAUGGAGAAAAAGAAAAUGUGCCCUCGUCUUCUCGACUACUUGGUGGUGGUCGGAGCAAGGCAACCAAGCAGUGACAAUGUGGCCCAGACACCUCAGCUCCUCCGCCGCUACCCGCUGGAGGACCACAAUGACUUCCCACUUCCACCAGACGUGGUGUUUUUCUGCCAACCAGAGGGCUGCCUGAGUAUACGCCAGCGCAGGGUUAGCCUCCGUGACGACUCCUCGUUUGUUUUCACGCUGACAGACAAGGACUCAGGAAUCACCCGCUACGGAAUCUGCGUCAACUUCUACCGAUCUUUUCAGCGAGGACAUCACCGUGCUCGUGGGGACAAGAGUGGACACACAGAGACAGCAGCACAGGCGGCCAGUGAAGGGUCUGAUGGCAGUGGUGGAGGCCCACCAUCCUCAAAAUCUCCAUCCAAAAGAGCAGAGUCAGCACCUCCGCCUGCCUCAGGAGAGGAUAGUGGACAACCAGGGUCCGAGCUAAAUGCUGGCAAGUCCCCACAGCACAGAAGAAAUGCUGCUAAAAUGGCAGCCAGGAACCGCAACAGCACACUGACCUCGCUGUGCAUACUCAGCCACUACCCCUUCUUCUCCACCUUUAGGGAAUGCCUAUAUAUUCUUAAGAGGCUGGUGGACUGCUGCAGUCAGAGGCUAACCCAACGAGCGGGCCUCCCUCGUGCCACCCAAAGGGACACCAUGUGGCGUGUGUUUACGGGGGCACUGUCAGUAGAAGAGAAAGGAAGCCAGCUGCUGGCCGACCUGCGGGAGAUCGAAUCCUGGGUGUACCGGUUACUGCGGUCACCUGUACCAGUGGCAGGUCAGAGACGUGUGGACGUGGAAGUCCUGCCUCAAGAUCUUAAACGGGCUCUCACCUUUGCCCUACCUGACAACUCUCGCUUCGCCAUGGUCGACUUCCCACUGCACCUGCCCUUAGAGCUGCUGGGUGUGGACGCCUGUCUGCAGGUCCUCAGCUGUGUCCUGCUAGAGCACAAGGUCAUUCUUCAAUCCAGAGAUUACAAUGCUUUGUCAAUGAGCGUCAUGGCCUUUGUGGCAAUGAUCUAUCCUCUGGAGUACAUGUUCCCUGUCAUCCCCUUACUGCCAACAUGCAUGGCCUCUGCUGAACAGCUCCUUCUCGCCCCCACGCCAUACAUAAUAGGUGUUCCAGCCAGCUUCUUCCUCUACAAAGCUGAUUUCAAAAUGCCAGAUGACUUGUGGCUUGUUGACCUUGACAGCAGCAAGGUUAUAGCACCCACCAACGCAGAGCUUCUACCACCUCUCCCAGAGCCUGAAGCGGGCGAGCUGAAGAAACAUCUCAAACAGUGUCUGGUUAGGUUGACCGUGAUCACCCAAAAGCAGAUCUUCUCCUCUGAAAAUAAGGCUCUGGCCAGUAUGAGCUUGAACACCCAGCCAAUUCUGAACCUGGAGAAGUUUCAGGAAGGUCAGGAGAUGCCCCUGCUCCCACCUGGACGAGAUAAAGCUUCACCAUCAUCCACAGAGUUCAACCCUCUUAUUUACGGCAAUGACGUAGAUUCUGUUGAUGUAGCCACCAGGGUUGCCAUGGUGCGCUUCUUCAACUCCCCAAAUGUUCUCCAAGGGUUCCAGAUGCACACUCGCACAUUGCGCCUCUUCCCCCGGCCUGUGGUGGCGUUUCAGGCGUCUUCUUUUCUCGUGUCUCGGCCACGACGCUCUUGCUUUGCAGAUAAACUCUCUCACACCCAGGCGGUGGAGUACUAUGGAGAAUGGGCUCUCAACCCUUCAAACCUUGCAUUCCAGAGGAUACACAACAAUGUAUUUGACCCCUCCUUAAUAGGAGACAAACCUAAGUGGUAUGCUCACCAAUUACAGCCAGUGGUCUACAGAGUGUAUGAUGGGAGCUCUCAGCUUGUUGAAGCUAUGGCUGGUCCCUUGGAGGAUGAUGGCAAUGAGUCUGACCCCACAGACAGUGGCAGUGACAGUGAGGCGUACGAUGACUCCAGCUCAUCCUAUUCUUCACUUGGAGACCUUGUGAGUGAGAUGAUCCAAGGUGACAUCCAGGGAGACACACCAAGCUUGGACCCGCCUACCCAUGCUGCUCUGGGAGAUGCUAGUGAGGUUGAGUUUAAUGACUUUGAGGACUUCAGGGAAGGUCAUGGCUCGGGUCAAUCAAGCGUUGACGGACCUGCUGAACCUUCAGAUGGACAACCUCUGCGCUCCAGCUCCAGCACAACUGCAAGCUCAAGUCCAAGCACAAUCAUCCAGGGUGUCAACCAUGAGCAGGGUGAAGUACCCGAAAUCGAAGCUUCAGCGAGUGCAGCUUUACAGAACCCUGUCCCUGCAUUGGGCAGUCAGCCAUUCCUCAGACCUGCAGUUGACUCGGGACUGGCAGAACAAGCCAACAAAAAGCAGGAGUAUGAUAACCCGUACUUUGAGCCUCAGUAUGGCUUCCCCUCAGAGGAUGAUCCUGAUGCAGAGGAGCAAGUGGAGUCAUACACCCCUCGAUUCAACCAGAACCUCAAUGGCAACAAGGUACAGCGGCCUUUACGUCCCAGCAGCCUGAGGCUUCCUGGAGAGUCUGAUGGGGAGGGAGACUCACGCAAUAGCUCGCCUAACUCCACCAUUUCCAACAGCAGCAAUGAUGGACUUGGAGGACUCAUGUCCUUUGCUAGCAAUCUUUACAAGAACCACGGCACCAGUUUUAGUCUGUCCAAUCUGGCCCUUCCCAACAAGGCAGCAAGGGAGAAAACAACACCUUUCCCCAGUUUAAAAGAAUAUUUCAAUGUUGAUAUAGAGGAGGAAAUGGAGCAAGCAGUAUUUGGUCUAAAUUCUCUAAUGGAGAUAAUUACAGAGGCCGGCCCGGGGAGCGGAGAAGGAGCCCGUGCACCACGAGCACUCGUCGACCAGAAGUCCUCUGUAAUCAAGCACAGUCCAACUGUGAAGAGAGAAUCACCUUCUCCUCAAGGUCGGGUCAACAACACGAGUGAGAACCAACAGUUCUUGAAGGAGGUGGUCCAGAGUGUUCUCGAUGGUCAGGGAGUUGGUUGGCUCAACAUGAAGAAAGUGCGCCGCCUGCUGGAGAAUGAGCAGCUUCGUGUCUUUGUGCUGUCUAAACUGAACAGAGCCGUCCAGUCUGAGGAAGACGCCAGACAGGAGAUCAUACGCGAUGUGGAGGUGAGCAGGAAAGUGUACAAAGGUAUGCUGGACAUCUUGAAGUGCACGGUUUCCAGUCUGGAGCAUUCCUACACUAACGCGGGCCUUGGAGGAAUGGCCAGCGUCUUCAGCUUAUUGGAAAUAGCUCGCACACAUUAUCAAACCAAAGACCCAGAAAAGCGCAAGCGAAGCCCCUCAGACAGUGCUGGCAGCCCGGGGAGCAAAGAGAGUCCUUCUGGUCAUAUGGAGACUGCCAGACCUCAGGGUUUCCUGAAUGUUCCCCACCUGCAGCUGCCGCAUCACACAAUGGGCAGAGGAGCCCGCCAUUUUGAUACCCGGAGUCUGAACGAGGAGAACUUUAUUGCCUCGAUUGAAUUGUGGAGCAAGCACCAGGAUAAGCAAAAAGCUAUGGAAAAACCACAGAGGUCUGAUGGAUCAAAGCAACAGCGCCCCCAGGUGAUUGAUGCCGAGGAGAAGAAAUCACAGAUCAGUGCUGACAGUGGCCUCAGUGUCACAUCUGGAUCUCAGAAAAGCGACACAGAGUCUGUAACGAGCUCAGAGCCACCGAUCCUAACGAGGAGCACCAGCCAGGACUCAGAGGCCAGCACAGUGAUAAGCAACAGCUCCGGUGAGACUCUUGGAGCCGACAGCGACCUCAGCAGCACAGCAGGAGACGGCCUCGGUGGGAGGGUUGCUCCUCAUUUAAAUCAGUCUAGAGGGACUCUUUCUGACAGCGAGAUUGAAACCAAUCCUGCCACAAGCACAGUGUUUGGAAAGACCCACACUCUAAAACCGGGGGCAAAAGAUCAUGCACAUAGUAUGGCAAAGGGGCAGCCUGCACAGCCGAUGGAGGACAUCAGUAUGAGGAUUUAUCUUUGUGAAGGCCUGCUGGGCCGAGAUAAGAGCUCCGUUUGGGAUCAACUAGAGGAUGCUGCCAUGGAAACCUUUUCUCUAAGUAAGGAGCGCUCCACACUGUGGGACCAGCUGCAGUUCUGGGAGGACGCAUACUUAGACGCUGUGAUGUUGGAGCGUGAGGGCAUGGGAAUGGACCAGGGACCUCAGGAGAUGAUUGAAAGAUACUUGUCACUAGGAGAACAUGACCGGAAGCGUCUGGAGGACGAUGAAGACAGACUCCUGGCCACCCUGUUGCACAACAUGAUAGCAUUCAUGCUGAUGAUGAAAUUGACCAAAAAUGACAUCAGGAAGAAGGUGAGGCGCCUGAUGGGGAAGUCUCACAUCGGCCUCUCAUACAGCCAAGAGAUCAACGAGAUUCUGGACAAACUGGCCAACAUGAACGGCCGUGAGCUGCCCAUCAGGCCCAGUGGAAGCCGGCACAUCAAAAAGCAGACAUUUGUUGUACAUGCUGGCACUGAUACCACGGGAGACAUCUUUUUCAUGGAGGUUUGUGAUGACUGUAUAGUCCUGCGCAGCAACAUUGGCACAGUAUACGAGCGCUGGUGGUACGAGAAGCUCAUCAACAUGACUUACUGCCCUAAGACCAAGGUGCUGUGUCUCUGGAGACGCAACGGCCAAGAGACGCAGCUCAACAAGUUCUAUACCAAAAAGUGUCGUGAACUCUACUACUGUGUGAAAGAUAGUAUGGAAAGAGCUGCAGCAAGACAGCAAAGCAUCAAGCCAGGCCCCGAGCUUGGCGGAGAGUUCCCCGUCCAGGACAUGAAAAGCGGUGAGGGUGGACUGCUGCAGGUCACGCUGGAAGGAAUCAACCUUAAGUUCAUGCACAGCCAGGUUUUCAUAGAGCUGAGUCACAUUAAAAAGUGCAAUACAGUGAAGGGAGUCUUUGUCCUGGAGGAAUUUGUUCCUGAAACUAAAGAAGUGGUGAUCCACAAGUACAAGACACCCAUGGCACAUCAGAUCUGUUACUCCGUCCUCUGCCUUUUCUCCUACGUGGCGGCAGUGAAGGGGAAGGAGGCCGAAGGAAAACACAAGAUACUGUCACCAAGACCCCUUCCUAGCUAGUCCACAUCCUGCGUCUGCUCCCCCUCCUUCGGUGUGCCUCUCUACUUGAAACAGCUUCUCAGCUCUGAAUCCACAGACUUCUGACAAUCCCUAACUUUAGUCUAAGCACACAAUCCCACUCCCUCCUCCUGUACAUACAAGCCUGAAAUCCUUUUAAGUCCCUGUUGUGUAACGUGUUCGGUCUGUGAUGUCGUGUAAAUAAUUGCUCAUUGCUGUCGUCCCCAUGAUCAUACCAACUAGCUAAAGGUUUGCCUGCUCUGUACGCUGGGAGGAACCAUUCCCCUCAAGCUCCUCUCCUCUGUCUUCUAUUGUUCCCGCUGCCAAGACACAAAUGUUUUUACCGAUAGGAGAUGUGAGGGAUUUCCCCAAGGCACAAAGUGCAUGCAGGUCCCGUGCACAGCCUUGGAGUGUCACUACAGAGUAGACACCCCCCCCCUUUCCCCUCCCUCAUCAUAUUCGUCUCCAUCUGACUGUGUGAGUUGUUCUGUGAUAUGUGCUUACUGUAAAGUUCCAGUCUGUCCAAGUUUAAACUGGUGAAACAUCCAGAGACCCUCUCGUAGUGCAGGACAUCCCAUCAUGAAAAAAGCUACUGUAUACUGCACCAGAGCACCGCAUGUGAACGCUUCUUCAAAAAGUGUUUGAACCCCAAAAUAAUGUGAGUGUUCUCUGAAUUACUGUUCUAGUUCUGCUGUAAAACUUUCUCGUCUGUGGUCUGCUGUUAUCGAUUGCAUGUUACUAUGAGGAUAACAAAUAAAUAUUAUAUAUAUAUUUCUAUA